GCCAUAGUAAAGGCCCAGGAUGAAAAGCAUCACUCGGCAGCUUCAUCACACUGGCCGCCGCUAGCCUCAUCCAACUGCUCUAAUCCACAAUGCAUGCAAAGCCACCAGUUCAGCGUCGUAAGCAUCUUCACACCACCCGUAUCUGCGUGUUUAGCAUUUCUCUCGCUCGGAGCAAGCGGUUGCCAGCAGAAUCAAGCAAUCAUAAGGGCAGCUUCACACCGGCGCCAGGCUUGCGGCCGCGGCUUCACCGAGGCUAAAAAAUGGCUUCCGCGAGUCUAAAUUUCAAUCGUGCCAAGAAGGGGUCGAUUCGUAGACGCGGAGUUCCAUGUGGCCUCUGCUUUUCUCCCCCUUUCGUUU